CUACCUUACAACAAACUGGGUGUAUGGUCCGACACUAUGACAUGGAAAAGAGCCGACAUACUCCUGUGGUCCUUUAGAGGAGCUUCCAUGCUCUUGGGUACGCCAAGCAUGUCGACAGGGAGCGCGAGGAGCUCCCGCCUUAGGCGGGUCAACGGCUCCAGUAGCAGCUUCAGGCUCGUGGAAAGUGGGGCGAGGAAGCCCUUUGAUCCACUUUAUGGUCUCUUCCUUCUCAAUCAGAUGUCGAUUCUUGAGAAUAUCUGCGUCCGACCGGUGGUUGGUACCAACCUGAGUGCAGUUCAUGAGAGCGACCUCAAAGUACUUUGCCAAAGCAUUGAUAUCAUGGUCUCAAACUAGGGGGGCCCUAUUAAUUGAAUACUUGGUGAUCAUCCAGGCGACUACAGAUCCCAAAUGCAUAUUGGCGUCUGUCAUCCCCAUGGAGUGCAUAUGGUACAGCUUCCGAAAACUAAGAUGCCCAGUGGAGUGUUCGUUGGGCGUGUAGACUUUCCGAGUAGCUCGUUGAGGAUCCCCCACUGAAUUUUGAUCGUGGUUGCCUUCGUUUGACCAACAGUAAACUCGAAACCAACACACUCCGGGAGGUUGAUCUGCUCGAAGUAUGCCGGAGCAUUUAAGCGAAUAGGAUCUCCCACCUCUCUACCUCCAUAUAGAAGGCGCACUCUGAAAAAAAUUGUUGGCCCUUACCUCCGGUGCCUUAGCGAAGGGGAAGGAAACUUUUCCAUUCGUGAAACUCACGAUGGAUCAUGCAGAAUGCACAUCGGUCCUCGAAGUCUCAAGAAUAUCCUUCUCAAACAGGGGAUACUACUAGCCCACUAUGUCUCGAGAUAUGGGAGACUAUGUCAAAUCUUGUAUAAAGUGUCAGGUUGUUG